GGGACAGCCGAAACACCCAGAGAGCGUGAUGGCACGGCAGAGGGAAAACCAAAGAACGAACGGGUAUGGCGACAGAGAGCGAACGUGGGGAAGAAGUCUAUUGCGUAUGUGAAGGACGGUGUGAUGAAAGCCGGCAGGCACUGCAGAGACAUAAGAAAGAGGCUAGCAUGGGCGAAUGGGCGUGCCAGAACUAGUGUCUAAGGACGAUCUCCGCUGGUUUAGAGGAGUCAUGCGCUGGAUUGUGGCAGGAUGGACAGGUCAAACCGGGGGUCUUAUGACGCUUGGCAAGCGCAAUACGACGCAAGAGCCGAGCGCGACCACCACACAGACCACUCUUUUCUUCCGGGGCCCUCUGGUAACACGCACAUCCUUCUCCCAUCCCUCGCUCGCAACGACCACUGACGAACCGGACCACGACAGCACACGAUAAUGAGCAAUGACCGAACUCCGUCGAAAUCGCCGGCAAGACGGGCGUCUUUGAUAUCCGCGCUCUCAGCAAAGAUUGGAAAAGUGCUGGGCGACGUCGACGAGAACCACAGCACGAGGCGCAGCGACUUCGACGACAGAUCGUCUGUGAACACCAAGACGGAGAUGGUGGAAGAAGGACAAGACAUUGCUGUCCAAAGACCACAGAACGAACGUUCUGUAUCCCGAGGAAGGGACAAGCUCCAUUCCUCAGGUAGAGGCGGCGCAGGUAACAUUCGUCGCAAGGAUACUGCAGAGGAGCUUUCCAGCCCAGUCGUAGUCGGCAGGGAACCUGAUUUGUCGUCCCCCGUCCGACGGGGGCGCGAGGGCUCGUCUGAAGGUGAAAAGUCGCCAUCUCAAGCUGUUGGCCGUGGAGGCAUUGGAAACAUUCGCUCUCGCUCUCGUGCACGCGCAGCUUCCAGGGUUCCGGAGGGCAAUACUGAGCUCACGGCCUUCAUCCUUACCGAUGCUGCUAACACCAAUGCAGAGUAUGAGCGCAAUGUGAUCCAGAACAGUCAGGACUCUGCCAAAAUCGUGCAAAAGUCUGGCCGUGGCGGUAUUGGCAACAUCACCAAAGCUUCCAAGUCUCGCUCUCGCUCUGGUUCAAUCAACGUCCACUCCACUGGUCGUGGCGGAGCUGGAAACUUGCAGCCAGGUUCCCCCAUUGAUGCAGAAAACGCGGAGCUGCUGGAAGAAUUUGAAAGGCUUCGUCUCGAACACGAACAUGAAGAUGGAAUACAUUCGACUGGUCGAGGAGGUUUGGCGAAUAUGACGCGAGCGCAGAGCCCGCCUCCAGAGGGGCAUCCGCAUUACAGUGCCUAUUACGAAUCUUUGGGUCGAGGGGGAGCAGGGAACAUCGUUCGUUCUCGCUCUGCCUCGCGAGACCCCGAAGGUCGCGCUCGAAGUUCAUCCAAGGUAGCCAAAUUGUGGAAUAAGAUGUCCCGCAGCCGUUCUCGUGACGUCCGCGAGGAGGAUGACGCUAGCUUCGACAGGAGCAGCGCCGAUUCGACUACUACGACCAUCGCUGGUCACCCGAUCCAAGAAUGACUUGCGGCGAGGCGUGCUGGUGUGGCUUCGAAACGAAGACGCUUGGCUCAACGCCGUCAGGAGGCCAUCCUCUUGGCUAACCUCAAUCGAGACGGCACAUCUUCGUCACAACUUCCUUUCACUCGACGUCAACAAUUCGCCAUCCCGCAUGCCUCGUCGUUAAGCAUCGUCACUAAUUCUGACUCCACUACUUCUUCUUCUAGUUACUCGAUCCAUUCUGCUCGCUCUUUCCCCUCUUCAAAUGCGCCUUCUUCCCCCACUCAUUCCUCUAUUGACAUGCCACCCCCCUCACCCUCAUUACCUUCCUCUCCUACAUCCGCCACCACGUCCACCACAUCACUGACACCUACGACACCCAAUGGCUUUAUGACCUCGGAUGACUACUCAACAGCGUCACAGAGGUCGUCUCCCUCACGUACAAUGAUGCUGAGUGCCAUUCCUCUUCGACAAACUAUCACGCUUGUCACACAAGACCAGAAGUCCUUCGUCUCAGCCUCGUCCUCAAAUUUACCAACUGUCUAUGAAGAUUCAGAGUAUGCAUCUUUCCUUGAUUUUUCGUAACAUUCGCUCCUUUUUUUGUCUUUUUUCUUUCUUUUCCUCUUCGUUUAUUUUUUCCUGUGCUUUAUAAUCUUCUUUGGCCUCGUGCUGUUGUGUUUUGGUUCUCUCUUUCACUUUUCAGUUUCGGUGUGUGGUUAACUCCGCUCCUGCGCUUUGGAGCCUUCCAUUCAUUGCUUCAACUAUGCCAUCUUCAUCAGCUGAACUCUCGUUGCUUCUUUGCUUUCUUUUCUCUGCUUAUCUAUUUCUUAUCUAUGCCGUGCGUCGGAGCCAAACGAAGGGUUGUAUGUGCCAUUAGUUGUACUCAUAGAGCUCACGGGACUGUUGGAUGUUUCCAAGUUCCCCUACCAUAUGAUCCGC